AUGCAGGCUCCUCAAUUGUCGUGUGUUUUGCUUGUCAAAACUGGACUCCAAGGUUGGCAAAAGAUUUGGACAAAAAUAUUUCAGGACAUUGAAGGUUUAGCCGUCUCCACUAGUGUGGUACCAAACAGUAUGUUGGUGAAUUUACAUGGCGAAGUUGAUGUAGCGUUGAUGUAUUUACAUGGAAAAGUUGAUCCUCUGGUCUUCAUUAAGAAAUUAUAUAAAGCGAGAACUUGCACUAUGCUCUACCGAAUGGAUUAUGGAUAUGAAGAGAAUCCAGAAGGAACCCAGAAACCAAAUAAUCACUUCAUGAGAUGUAGAUUCGAACUAAACACAUUAGAAGAAGGUUGGGAUAAGCGAAUCAUAGGAGCUUUGAAGACCAUCCAAGGUGUGUCAUUUACCAUAGAUGCACCAACAGAGAUGGUAUAUUUAUGUGGGAACAUUGAAAUUGGAGUACUCAUGAAGAUGCUAGUGAAGACAGGCAUCCAUCUGUUGACAAUGGACUAUGGAGUCGAGUUUAAAGAUCCAAACUUGAAGCCACCACCCAAUAAACUUGAGGCUCCGGCAAAUGAAACCGAGACACAGCCCACGCAAGACACAUUGCCUCCUCCUCCUCCUCCUGAGGUUGUAAGUUCAUCAACGAAACCGCAAGCCAAAAACAAGAAGCCUUGCGGUUUUAGAAGGUUUUGUUUCUAA